AUGAGAAUAAUUUAUACUGAGAAAGGAUAUUAGGUCCGCCAAGAACUAAUCAACAGUAAUAACAGCAAUCAUAAUCAGUCAGAUACUACUUCACAAAAGACUAGAGAUAACACUGCUUCUCAAGAAUCAGUGUCGAGUAAACGACAAAGAUAAAGUGAUUCUAAAGGAGAUAUAGUUAUUGAAACUCCUAUCCAAUAAAUAGUUCCUCAUGAUUUGAAAGCAACGUUAAUGCCAAUAUAAGAGAUGUCAUUUGAGUAUUCAGAUUUGUCUGCAACCUCAAGAUCACAGUUUAACAAGACGCACAUGAGAAAAGGCUUAGUCUCUUAAUCAAUGCCGAAUUUAAAUCUAGAUCAGAGCAUUCAUUCAAAAAAUUCAGCAAUUUUUCCAGAGAUAACAACUGAAGCUCAGAGGGCCAUUCAAUAGUGUGACUUCUUCUUUCAAAUAGAUGUUAAUAAACCUAAGAUUAAAGUAUCGAAGAAAUUCAGACAAAUAUAUUAGGAGCUUCAAUAAAAGGAGGAAUAAUCAGGAGUAAAUUCAAAUGCUUGGCGCAGAUUUGGAUUUUCCCCAAUGGAUUUUAAGGAUUCGUAGUAUUCUCAGUCACUAUAUACAAAAUAUAAAAACUUGGGCAAUGAUAAAUCUUCAAACCCCUCAUUUAACUAAACUAUUCAUUCAUAAAUGGGCAAAAAAUCUUUCGAAUAAAGGAGUAAGUCGAUAAUUGGCAGUCUAAGAAUUGAUAUGGAUAAUCAAGAUGAUGACUUUCAAUCGAAUUCAAGUCCGCAACUAAAAAUAUUUAACUACCCCUCUAUUACAAAAGACAUAUUAUCUCAGAGAAUAAUACCAGGAAAACUUUAAAGUCUUCCUACUAUAAUAUUGAAUAAUGAAAUGAAAGGCAAAUUAAGCACCUAAAAAUAAUUAAAGCUUAUAGAUGGGAGUAAAGCCAUAAAACCAAAAAGAGCUAAGAGCAAUUUUAUCGUUGAAGAGAUUUAAAGGAACAAGAUUGGCAAGUAAAUGGUAAAAUAGUCAGAAUAAGAAAAGUCUAGGAUUCAAAUUGCCAAGAAAAUCACAGAGUAAACUGAUAGAAAGCACAAUACACAUUCCUAGAUAUCACCUGUCAAUGAAUUAAAAAAGGAAGAUGUCGAUGAUAUUGAUAGAAUUUUAGAUCCGAAAAGCCAUGACAGAUACUUGCAAAGAAUUAUGAAGUAAAAAGAAAAAAAAUACGAUAAGAUCUGGCCAAGGUACAACACUGGGUAAGUGAUUCCGAAGAUCUUUAAAAAUGAGCUUAACCUCUCAUUUGAGACGUCUAGAAUAUCUCAUAAUGAUUACUAUCAGCCUGAUUUUUCUAAGUUUCUUUCCCCAAUCAGCAGUUAUAAAUCAGUAAACCCUAGAAUUAACAAGGACUUUCAUUGA